AUGGCUGGCCGUCUCUCUCUCGUCAUCUCGGAUCUCCACAUCCCCGACCGAGCAAUCGACAUUCCCGCAAAGUUCAAGAAACUCCUCACCCCAGGCAAAAUCUCCCAAGUCCUCUGCCUCGGAAACCUCACCUCCCCCUCCGUCUACCAAUUCCUACGAUCCCUCGCACCCGAUUUACAAUGCGUCAAGGGCGAAUUCGACAUUCCACUAUCGACUGAGACGACAGGAUGGCCAAUCCCCACAGCACUCUCAAAGGUCAUAACACACGGUAGUCUGCGCAUUGGAUUCACACAUGCCGAUACCCUGGUCCCGAGAGGCGACCCGGAUGCCCUUCUCAUAGCAGCGCGGCAAAUGGAUGUCGAUGUGCUAUGUUGGGGAGGUGGUGGGCGAUUUGAAGCCUACGAGAUGGAGGGCAAGUUCUUUGUCAACCCAGGAAGUGCGACUGGUGCGCCAUGUUGGGCAGAUCAGGAGCUGGGUGGGGACGAUGAGGAUGAGGGCACAACGCCGAGCUUCGUGUUAAUGGAUGUGCAAGGCGACGUGCUGGUGCUCUACGUGUAUACGUUGAGGAAGGGUGAGAACGGGGAGGAGAGCGUGGGAGUGGAGAAGGUUAGCUUUCGGAAGGAGGCUUGA